UUUUGAUUCUCGCUUGAUUGCAGAAUCCCAUCUGAGAAGCACCUUUCAGCUUUUUUACUUUACUUCGUUUAUCUUUCACCUCUUGAAUAUCUCACCUUUUAUGCCUUACCUUCAAUUAUCGCUUCACUUUCCGAUAAUUCUAUUGCCAGGAAUCAACAUUCAAUAACCAUGAACUUAGAUGGCGAUGAACGUUACAAGGAUGUCGAUUUCCAAAGCGAUAGCAUAAUCAUAGAAUACCCAAAGCCUUCACACCAGAACUUUUCUCUCCGAGCAAUUCUCCUCGGCUGUACACUCAGUUUUGCACUCUCAGCUUUCAUGAUCACCGUUGUGCGAUGGCCGUGGUCCAAGGGAGAUUCCGGUUAUUACGCAUACACAGAUUGUGGGAAAACACCAAACGAAGCCAGAUCGAGGGGCUGCAAUUAUGAGCCAAUGGGUCGCUACUGGGCUCCUCCUGAAUGUACUUUUCCAGACGCCAACGACGAAUACCAACCAUUUCAGGAUCGAGAAUGGUUCGUUGAUACGAAUUUGACGAUCCCGGCACACAUAUCCAGAUUAGAAUCCGGCGAUGCACUUCGUGCUUUCACGCAUUACUGGCAUGAUGAGCAUUGUACAUUUGUUCUCCAGAAAUUGGCGUUGGCGGUUGCCUUGAGAAAAGAGAUGGUGCCCGGACUGGUUGGUAGUGUUCAUCACAUCAAUCAUUGUGCGAAGACCAUUAAGAAGACCAUCAAAAAUGCUUACAACGAGACUUUUUUGGCCAACGAUUUGACAAUAACGGAGAGCUCUCUGGGCUUCAUGGGAUGUGUACCGCUCAAGUAUGUUUCUCUUUUUCAUGUGACUAAAUCCUUCUAACAGCAUGGCACAGGAGUCCUAUGCAAAACCCCCAAUUUGAGGACUAGCUUCUUAACCACAUAGGUCAGUUGAAGCAGGAAACUUGUUGAGAUAUUACUUGGCCGGGGCAAGCAUUAGAGUUCGUUCUCGUGCUCUUAUUACGCAUUCAGACUCAUAAGAAAUAUUCGUAGGUUUGUGGAUUUUGAAUGUGAAUCUGUGUCAAAUCUCGACUCUUGC